AUGGGGACCCAGUUGACUUUCAGUACAUCUUUCCACCCUCAGACUGACGGGCAGUCGGAGCAAACCAUAUGGACUUUGGAGGACAUGCUCUGCGCCUGUGUAUUGGACUUCCAUGGGAGCUGGGAUGACCAUCUAUCACCGCUUUGCUGGACUGAGAUUGGGGAGCUAGCGUUGCUUGGACCGGAGUUGGUAGAGCAAACGAUAGAGAAGAUCCAGUUGAUUCGGGCUAGGAUGAAGGCAGCUCAAGACCGUCAUAAGAGUUACGCGGACAAACAACGCCGGGAUUUGGAGUUUAAUGUGGGUGACCAUGUUUUCCUUCGAGUCAUGCCGAUGAGGGGUGUUCGACGCUUUGGAGUAUCUGGCAAGCUGAGUCCUCGUUAUAUGGGACCGUUCGAGAUACUGAAGCGAUACAUGGAAAAUCCCGAGCAUGUUAUUGAUUAUCAUCCGCUCGUGGUGCAAGAGGAUGCGUCAUACACCGAGUUGUCUGCUAGUAUCGUGGAUCAGAAAGAGAAAGGGUUUCGCAACCGUACGAUUCCCUACGUGAAGGUCCAGUGGCAAUGA